AUUCACAAUUUCACACUGAACGUUCGUGAAUAGCACACAUUAUGGAUCCUUUUGUCGAAGUUCCUGAAGAAAAAUGGCCGAAACUUUUGGAAAAAUUAAAAGAAGUAUGGCCGAUGAACGCCCCUGGGUAUUAUGCGCUAAAUUUACAUCUGAAAUAUCCAGCACUUAGAGCUGCAUUCAAGUUUACAGUGUAUUGUCCUUUCAAUGACAUAGAAGCGGGAUUCAUCGCUACGACACAAAAGGAGAAUGUUAUUGAGUGUAUCAUAUGGCCAUUCUCAGGCGACACAACUAAGUUAGUAGAAGCUCUGAUAAACACAACAGUUGUGAACUGGACCAAGGUGACCUGUAUAGACACUGUGACGUCACAAGUACUAGAUAUGCUGGAGAGGAUUAAAUCCGACAUAGGAUUCUCUUACUUUCACGUGGGUAGAGUAGACACUUAUUUCUUGGACCAAAGUGUUGCAACAUUGAACAAUGUCGGUUGCCCUUCUGGGACAUAUCUGGCGCCAAUAAAGAAGGACCUCAUUCCAUAUGUGGACGAGAAAUGGCCAUACAGACACGAAACCUCCACACAUUACUUCUCAACAUUAGCAGAAAACGGACUGUCAUACGGUCUUUAUUCCUCUCGAGACCACCGGUUGCUGGCUUGGCUCUUCAUUAAUGAGUAUUCGUUUCUAUGCCACCUAUACUGUGAGGGGGAUCAGAGGAGGCGUGGCUAUGCCGAGUUCCUGAUGAGGCACGUGGUGAAUAAACAGCUCAGUUCUGGAAAUGGCGUCUACAGUUACGUAGAGAAGGGGAAUGAAAGGUCAGGAGCACUGUUCAGAAAGUUGGGCUUCGCAGUUAUUGACGAAGGAGCGUAUGUGUACGUCCAGAAAUUAUGAAACCAUGCAAAUGACUUGUAUUUCACAUAAAGAUACCCCAUUUCACCAAUGAAGAAUAAGGCUUAUCCGAAAAUAAAGUAGGUAUCUUUUUGGUAUGUUGAUGACAGUUGCUUACUGUUCUCUCGUGUAAAUAAUAAUAAUAUAGUAGGUAUAUGAAUAGACUAAUUCUAGGAUAUGGCUUAUUCUUCAAUAGUGAAAUCGGGCCGUAAAAGUCUAAGAUAUAAUGUGGUGAAAGGAUAACUCAUUAAUCAAUGUUUAAAUGUUUUGUUUUUGCAUAAAUCAUAAAUAUUCUUUGUUCUAGUAGUAUCAUAUUUAUUGUAUUUUUUUACUGUACCUACAGUUAUCGGUUAAGGCUAAGGUAUGGUGGGGUUAUGGUAAAUUAAACAUGAUUGUAUACAACAAAUAAAUAUAUUUUCCAUUAA